AUGCCCUCUAUCCUCAACCUCAAGUUCAAAGGUAACAAGUCCUUCGUUGCGUUCAGCAACCUCGGCGACGCCGAGUCGUUGACCAAGACCUGGAAGGUCUGUACGAAGGUCGCUAGCUACCUCGAGCAGGGCCAAAGGCUCGAGAACUUGUCGUGGCGGCUAUGGCACCUCCAGAAUCUCAUGGUCGAUACGGACAAUGCCAAGUCAAAACGCGAGUUCAAAAAACUCUCCAAGUGCAUGGGCGACAAACUCGACAAGGAAAAGGGCCGGAGCAUUGAAGAGCUUUCGGCGCCAGCGUUUCAGCGCAACCCUUCUACCGACCUCAUUCGUCAACGUGCGACUGAGAAAGAAAGGGUACGCGAAGCCCAUGCCAACACUCCCGACCAUAUCAUCCAGCGCAUGCAAUUCACCUUUGCUGUCGAGCCUGUUUCUAACUCUGCUUCUACGACUUCUGUCACGAAAAAUACGACUAACACCACGACCCAUGCCGGUGCGAAACGCAAGCUUGGAGAAGGGACUGCUGUGCGACUCCCGACUCUAUUCAGCAACUCGUUUGGCCCCGAGGCGCUACUUGCUACCACCCAGUCAUCCCUCGCUCCCCGCAUGAACUACGGCGAUGCUCAUUUGCCUUACGGCAGUAACUCUCCAGGAGAUAUGCGCAUUUCCCGCCCCACCAUUGAACUGCCUCUCGACGAACUUCUCAACGCCGACGUUGAUGCGUCGGAUAUCGAACACGAGCAGGACUCAUCUACUAAUGACGAGGCCACCAACUACAAUUCAGAUGUUCCUAGCGUCCAUCCUGUCCAGUCCUGGUCGUGGGAUGAGCUUAUGCGUGGCGGCACUUUUGACCCUGCCAACGGGUUUGGCCUCACUUUCCCGAUGUUUGGACCUUCUCCCGGCCCCAAUGACCCUUCUCCUCUCCCUUUGACUCUCGAUCCUCAUGCUGCGUUUGGUCCCCAACCCAAACACGAGUCAUUGUCUGCCGCUACUCCUACCCACAGCUCCGCCCUUCGCUCCCCACAUCUGUCGCCCAACGCCUAUUUCAUGUCCGAGCUUGAGGACGACGCGAUGGAUGGCACAAGUAGCAUUUCGGCUAUUCUCCCCCCGCUUCGCACCGUCUCUGCUCCUGUCGCCGCCACCAGCAGCAAGAAGGCCAGUCACAAAAACACAUCGUCAGUUUCAGCAAAGCGCUCAUCUGCAGCUGUCGACGAAGACGAUUCUUCUGAUGAUGGUGGGGAUGACUCGGCAGACAGUGAUUUCUACGACCAAUCAGCAUCUUCUGCUCGAGCCCGCGCCCGUCCUCGGUCGGGAACUACUGGUUCUCGAGGUCGUAGCACGAAUAACAGUGCCCCCCGUCGACCAACUGCCUCGCAAACUCCGACGACUUCGGUUCCUCAGACGAAGCGGCCGGUUUUGAGUGUUCGGGUCCCUGCAUCGGCCAGACCGCCCGUUCAGGCACCUAUUCCGGGCGUUGGCGCUAACCACACUGCCCCUGGGGGUGUCAAGGCUGAGUGUAGCAACUGUGGUGCUACCCAUACCCCCUUGUGGCGUCGUGGAUUGAACGAUGAGCUCAAUUGUAAUGCAUGUGGUCUCUAUUGCAAGCUGCACAAACGACCUCGUCCCAAGACGAUGAGGAAUAGUGGCGGAGGAGAAGGCCGCGGACAGUCAGUCCGCUCGGAAACCGUUGAUAUCAUGGCAGCCCAAUGUUACAAUUGCCAUACUACGGCUACUCCAUUGUGGCGAAAAGACGACGAGGGCAAGACUGUUUGCAAUGCUUGUGGCCUCUACUACAAGCUUCAUGGUUCUGCUCGACCUAUUUCCAUGAAGAGCGAUGUCAUCCGCAAACGUUCUCGACAUGAUGCUCGUCGGGGAGGGGCCGUGGCCUCGGCAGAAACGCCUACGGCCAGUCCUGGUGUCAGUCGCCGUGCUUCACCAGCUCCCGGGGCAUCUUCCUCAAGUUCCGGUUCAGCUGGACGCUCUUCGCCAGUCCUUUCAGCCGACACUUCGCCUGAGAGCUCAGAAGCCAAACCCGUCAGGCCUCGUUUCGUCAACCCCUUCUCGUUCCAUGAGGCUGCAUUCAACGAUGCUUUGCCAUUUGCCAGCGUUGAUGUUGCUGCCGACGCGGACACUAGCAUUCGAGCCAACAAGCGUCGUCGCAUGAGUGUUGACUCUGCUUCCGAGCCCCCGUCAAGCGCGACAAGCUACUCGUCUUACACGGAUGGCUACACGAGCGGUGUCUCGUCUUCCCAAUUCUCCUCCGAAUUCCCCUUCAGCCGCUUCCCCAACGUAGGGUACAACGGCGAUGGCGGCAAACAGACAACGACGACGACCACAUCGUCGGGGACGUUCUGGCAUCACGAGCAACUCCACCCGCCUAUGCUUCCGUCAACGUCCGAGGAGUCGCUGGAGUAUCUGCACCCGCCGAUGAUGGUCCAGGAGAGCUUCUUUACCAACACGGGGUACCUCCAGAACCAGAGUGGGCUCCACCCUCCAAUGCUGCCUGCGGACAACGAGGUGUUUGGGAUGCUUGGAGCCCAUCCUCCCAUGAUGCCUUACGACGACAUUUACGAGGGUGGCGGCAUGCACUACUAG